AUGAGGCCGACAUUUCCUACCGACUACUCUGAAAAGAACUGCCGAAACAAACUACUACAUAGUGCGAUGAAAACAGUUCACCAUUACAUACGGAACUAUUUAAAAAAGUUUCAGUCAAAGUUACAUUGUGCCAUAUUUAAAAAACAAUAUUGGUUUUACUACGCAACCCUCGAACAUGGCACUCUUCGACGGACGUUCCUUUUGCUGUUAUUCCUACGUAUUUGUAAUAUAAAUCGCAGUUCCAUACUAAUGACAGUGGCUGAACAACCGUAUUUUGAGCAUCGUUUCACAAGCUACGGAUUUCCGCACGGAUCUACAUGUGGUGUGAUGUGUAUAUGA